CCUGGAAGACACAACAAUGGGCGGAGUCCUGGCUGCCAGUGCCCCGCCCCCAGUCGCCGGCAGCCCUGCACCAUCUGGGCUAACGGUGCCGCCGGGCUUCGGGGUGCCUUCGGUAUCCUCAGUUGUCCCCCCGACUGGAGCGACCCUCGGACGUCAGCAGGAAGUGGACAGCCCCCUGCCCAACCCCGGAGCGUUUGACGAGUGCCACCGGAAAUGUAAAGAGGUGUUUCCUUUGCAGAUGGAAGGCGUCCGAGUCGUCGUCAACAAGGGCCUCAGUAACCACUUCCAGGUGAACCACUCGGUGCUGCUCAGCACCACCGGAGACUCCAGCUACCGGUUCGGAGCCACGUUCGUCGGGUCCAGACAGACGGGUCCAGCAGAGUUUUUUCCAGUCAUGGUGGGGGACAUGGACAGCUGCGGCAGCCUGAACGCUCAGAUCAUCCACCAGCUCAGCGGCCGGGUCCGGUCCAAGCUGGCCUUUCAGACACAACAACACAAGUUCGUCAACUGGCAGGGAGACGCUGAGUUCAGAGGAGAGGACUUUACUGCAACUGUGACGCUCGGAAACCCCGACGUCCUCACCGGUUCUGGUAUCGUCGUUGCUCAUUACCUUCAGUCCGUCACGCCGGCUCUGGCUCUGGGAGGGGAGCUGGUUUACCACCGCCGGCCGGGAGAGGAAGGCUCCGUCACGUCUUUGGUGGGCAGGUACUCAGGCAAGAACUACGUUGCCACGGUAACCCUCGGCUCAGCCGGAGCUCAUGCGUCGUACUACCAUAAAGCCAACGACCAGCUGCAGGUGGGCGUGGAGUUCGAGGCGAGCGCUCGGAUGCGGGACACCAGCGUGUCGUUCGGCUACCAGCUGAACGUUCCCAGAGCUGAUCUGGUGUUUAAAGGUUCUGUCGACAGUGACUGGGUCGUCGGCGCCACGCUGGAGAAGAAGCUCCUCCCCUUGCCGCUCUCCCUGCUCCUCUGCUCCUUCCUGAACCACCAGAAGAACAAGGUCCAGUGCGGCUUCGGCAUCACCGUCGGUUAGCGCGCGUGAGAUCCCGACCCGUUUGGACCGCCGCUCCAGCUUCCUGUUCGUGCUGACCUUUAACCCCCGAGUGCAGAAUGUGACGGGGUCAGAGGUCACUGUGUGUUAACGGUUGUCCCUCAGCUAAAGGUCGGCCUCCUUCGGCUGUUUGUUUUUCUUUAGCCUUUUUCACGAUAAAGCGUCUGUAUGAAGUGUAAACAUUUUUUAUCAAAGCUUUUUGUUACUUCCUUCUUCAGAAAAUGUUUGUGACGCUCGAAGCUCCAAAGAAACAAACAUUUCAUAUUUAAUUUAACAAACUUUGUUUUAAUUUGACCUCAUUCUAACACUCGGCGCCUCCUGCCAAGAGUCGGCCCGUUUGGGUCGAACUUGAAAUGGGUUCUGUCGUCCCUCAGGCUGACUCUCAGCUACUACCACCUCAGAUCUGUGUCUGCAGACUCACCCACUUUUAGGGUUCGUGUUUACAUUUGACUCUUUCCUGGAAGUUUAAUAAGAUCCGUCCGUCCACAGGGGGGUCACUGUACGAGAGGCG